ACCGUGUCCGUUGACCACAGAUCUCCCUCUCUCUCGGCCAUCACAACUACGCCAAGAUGAAACUGAUCGUGCUAUCUCUGUUGGCAGCAACAUGCUCCGCGGCUCCGCAGCUUUACCAGACGGUGGCAGGAACUGUGGCCAGUCCACAGUGGAACCUUCCGGCUGUUAUGAAGAUUCCUGAACCAGGUGUAAACUUGGGAAUGGUAUUAAGCGCCCCUGCCCCUGUCCCCGUUGUGAAGGCCGCCCCUGUCCCUGUCCCUGUUGUGAAGGCCGCCCCUUCCCUUACCGUCGUUGAAGCUGCCCCUGUGGCUGUGGCCCCUGUUGCCCCGCUGGUCAAGAGUGCAGCCAUUGUGGCUCCUGCUGCCCCUGUGGCAGUCGCCCCUGUGGUCAAGAGCGCUGUCCCCGUCACUGUAGUGGCAGCGCCUGAGCCCCUCAUGGCCCCUGAACCCCCCAUGCCCUCCCUCAGCGUCCCUCACGUGGGAGGCCAAUUCCACGCCCAGGACGAGGCCGGCCAGUACACCUUCGGCCACUACGGCGGCCCCAACACCCGCGUGGAGACCAGGGACUCUUUGGGUCGUACCUCCGGCAGCUUCGCCUACGUGGACCCCGAGGGGGACGUCCAGGUGAGGAAGUACGCCGCCGCCCCCGGUUCUGGCUUCAGGGUGGCCGCCUCUGACCUCGUCGAGGACACGCCCGCCGUGGCCCAGGUCAAGUCCGCCCACGCCCGCGCCCACGAAGUUGCUAAGUUGUUGGCAGGAAAUUCCGCUGUCACGCUGGUUUAACUUGCAAACUGUCUCAAUCCACGAGUACUCAUCAGUAUACCAUAUAUCUUUGUAUAUAUAUUUUUCUAACAAUAAAAUGUACCAUGUAUGAA